AUGUCCGAAUUGUCACUAAAAGAAGAAGAAAGCCCAUUGAUCAACACCCCAUCAGCGGAUAAUUUUUACGGUGAUGACAAUGACCAGGGUGACAAUGACGAUGAAGACAUCAAUGCUGAGGAGGAAGAAGAAAACUCGGAGGAACACGAGUCAGAGGAACAUGAGCCGGAAGAAAUGCAAGAAUAUUUAGACACCAUCGACCUUAACCAGCAGGAAGAAGAAGACGAACCAUACGUGUUCUCUAUCUUCGAUAUCCUCGACAAACCCCGGAUUCUGCCGGAUCCGGUCGAUUUAACAUUCGAGCAUUUGAAGAAAAUCGAGGAAGAACUGGGUUUGAUAAAGUUGUGUUGGCCCAAAAUUGAGAGUUUGGAGUUUCCCAAGGCGUAUUUAGAGAAUGUGCAGAAGGAAAAGGUUCUGUUGGCUUAUACAGAGAAUUUUCGAAGACAGUUUUUUCUCCAAUUUCCCAAUAGGAAACCGCUGUUUUUGGCUGCUGUUAACGAAUGUGGAAUGCAAUUAGCGAACCUCGAACUCGAAAUUCGCCGGUCGCCGUCUUCCAAUAUGUUAAUGCAAUUAAGAUCAAUUUGCAGUUCUGGGCAACAAAUAAGUUGCGGCGGCCGCAAUUUGGCGGCGCAGGGAGGCGGAGACGCGACCGUUCGGACCGUCGAUAAUUAG